AUACCUACCUAGUAGCCAGGUGUAAGUGCAACAAUAUCUCGAUGAGAAUACCAUACAGGAAAUAAAAUAUCACGACGACAAUACCUGGCCAUAACGAAACACCAUACCUAGACCAAAUCUCGAAAUAGCCAUCUUAUAUAUACGACAAGCAACACAACACCCAAAUCGCAUCAGCCGGCGCAAAAAAGAACCAUGUAUCCCCACAACCCAUUCCCCUUGAUCGUCCUCGCGCUCCUGGCAUCCGUAGCCCAGGCACAAUUCGGCUUCUUUGACCAAAUGUUCGGGCAACAAGGCGGACAGCAGCAGCAGCAGCAGCGGCCACAGAACGUGCCAAGCGACUCCUCGUUCUAUCAAGCGCAGUUUGAGCGCAUGCAUUGCGAUAAUUACUUAUGUCCCGAUACACUCGCAUGCGUACACUUCCCGCACCACUGCCCCUGCGCCUGGCCCAACCACGAAGAUAAAUUCGAGACAGGCGACGGCCACAGGAUAUGCGUUUCCAAGGGUGGUUUCCGAGCCGGCGAGGCAAGCAGGAAGGUCGAAUUAGCGCGGAAAGGGCUGCUCUAAAUCCAUAAUUACAAUAUCUACUACUAAACAAUUACAUAGUUACACAUCCUUUACAGACCAUGUUACUUUCUGCAUCUAUAUAUCUACAUAUAGCUCUCGCGCGUGAUAGCGUGUGAUAUGGGGAUACCUAGGCAUGGAGCAUUUACGAAUUUCACGAUGGCGUUCUCGUUUUGUUUCACGAGGUAGAAUUAGAUAGAUAGGCGGGACACUUA